GUUGUCCUGCAUUUAUGACAUCAUUCAUUUCUCCGUAUUGUUAUAUUUACACAACAGCAUCACAUCAUUCUUCAUCAGCGCAAUAAACUGCUUUCAUCCAAUAAUGUAAUAAAAUAAUCCUCGUUUAGACGGAUCAAUCAGUCCCUUCGGAAGUGUAAUCCAAUACCUUAGACUUCGGAUGUUCAAGGUAAAGUGCGUGUGUCCCACUUUGCUAAAUAUAACCCCACCAUCAGUUCUAAGUGAGUGAGUGUGUACAGCGUCUUGUUAGUUUUUCAUGGUCAUAAUAUCGUACAUUAAAUAAGUAGUAAAAAUUCUUCAGAAAUAUUGCGUAUUUCAAAGUCGCAAGUUUUACUUAAUUUGUACAAAUUUUGCACGCAUUGUUCUUUAUGUGACUAGCUUACAUACUUUUAUUUCAUGUCCAUGAGUGAGUUUGUUGGUUCACAUUCCAUGCAUGGAAAGAAAUCAAUUUAGUUUAGUUACUAGUACAUUCUAUUUACAUAACUUAUGUACAUCACGUCGGUAAGUACUUAUGUAUGAAUUACGGAUUUUCAAACGUCCAAUUUCAACUCCUGAGUAUGACAAGGUUUAAAUUGAUUACACUUGAAAGAAGAUUGUAAAAUAUUCGUCAGGUUUAAAGUUUCCGAGCAAUUGAAAUUGUCAUCAUGGGAUCGAUAUUUAGUUAAAAAGGUAGGAAUCCCAUUAGUUUCUCAUGAAUUAUUCCAGACAUUUUAUCUUGCACAAUUUCCUUUGAAUGUCUACCAUAAUUCUUUUCUAUUUACUUGUGAAUUUAUUUCGACUCUGGAGUUUCUAUCGAGUGUAAAUUAAUUUUCAAUCAACUACAAAACUAUAUUGUUAAAAAAAUGAAAAACUGUACCCACACUUUAUUAUGGAAUUAAAUUUCUAAAAAUCUUAAAUUGCAGCACACUAACCGUGAAAGCACACAGGCAAAUAAGUAAAUACAAUAUGCAGUGUCACUUUCUUUAAUGGAAUGAAAAUUAACUGAAAAUACUGUGAAACUGUGAAAAAGUUCAAUGAAACUCAAUUUAAGUAUGACAUUGUCGAGAAUUGGGAAUUUUGAUAAGGAACACCAACUCUCACUGACUCUUAUGUUAUUGUAAAGAUAUGGAAGAAAACUUAACUUUAAGUAAUUGCCCUGAUCUCGAAUCUUUGGAUUUUCAACCACAUCAUCCCUGCUUCAACCUAUCUGACACUACAUCUUGCGAUGAAGAAUGGCCGUGUGAAAUUCGCAUUUUUUGGCUUCAAAUUCAUCCCUUUAUUGCAUUAACGAGAGCAUUUUUAUCUUACGGAAGCCUUGUUAUAAUUUUACUAGGCGUAAUUCUCAACAGUCUUUCAGCCUAUAUUUUUCUCUCCACUGGUCUCGCCAGAAAUGGAAGUGGCGUCUACUUAAUUGCAUUGGCUUUCUGCGAUACGGGAAAUUUGAUUGCGAAUAUUUUACUGGGCGUGUGGAGAGGAGCAAGUUAUGAAUUCAAUGGAUAUUUUAUGGAAAACGAAUGGCUAUGCAGAACUCAUGGCGUUUUCGUCGAGGUAUUUCAAACAAUUUCUGCCUGGAUCGUCGUGGCGUUCACCGUGGAACGCAGCCUCGCCGUGUGGUACCCAUUGCUAUUUCGACAGAGUAGGAAUCGAAGGGCUAAACUGGUGGUGGGUAGUCUUACCACGGUUUUUACCCUUUUCUGCCUCUCCAAAUUAUUUUUAACGGGUUUCGAAAAGGACAGCGUGUUCGGCUACAUUCCAUGUAAUUCGCGACGCUAUGUUUGGGAAGGAAUGGCAUAUGUUCGAGUUGCAUUUCAAACUUGGAUCCCCACCAUUAUCGUUUUCACGUUUAAUUGUCUCAUGUUUUGGAAACUUCGGAAAAUUAAAAUCAAUAGACAGCGACUUUCAGAGCAUACCAGAAACCUCCCCAAAAGGCCGGGACCCAGGCUGAAACAAAGUUUUAUAAAUAAACCCAGCCCCACCAACCCCAUGCUGAUAGCGGUCUCUCUUGCCUACCUCAUUCUAGUCUUCCCCUUGGGUGCCGUACAAACUGUGGAAUUAUACUGGAAUUUACAUGAAAAUGUUCCAAUUGCAGUGAUGGAGCCGCAAAAAUCUGCAUAUGUCCACUGGCUAAUGUACAAAAUUCUCUUGAAGCACAUCCGGUCAUUCUUCUUUGGGUUCUACCAAAUUAAUUUCGCCAUCAACUUUUUCCUCUAUUUUGCUGCCGGGGUCGAAUUUCGUCGUUACCUUCAAAAGAAGGUUAAGCGGAUGUGUGGUUUGACGAAGGCCUACUGUUGUUGUAGGGGAAUUGCAGGGAAUUUUAUCAAAUCCCGAGGAAAUACACCUGUACAAAGUUGUACUUCAAAUUGUUCCAACGCUACUAGCACGUCUACUUUGCCCUUACAUGUCUACCCUUCGCCCAGCACGCUUAUCCAGAUGGCCAAAGCCCCAAUUAGUGGAGUUAGUGACAAAGUUGGAACGUUCGAAAGCACCAUUUAGUUUUAGUUAUAUAAGUAGUUUGUUAGCCUGUGCGGCUCUUGCAAUAUGUACAAUUCAGUUAUAAUCUAAGGAUAAGCUAACCUAUGCAUACAUAUGUACGUACUUACAGAUUAUUAUAAAGUAUGUGUUAUCAUACAUAUCUAUCAUUAAUUGUUAUUCUUUACAUAUUUACACCAAACUUAAGCAUAAAAAAUGUGUUAAGUUUACGUUCAGUAUCUUCUACAUAUGUGCAUACAUACAUACAUAUCUAUCUACAUAGUUCCACUCCACAUUCCUAUUUAUUUAUGUACAUUUCUUGAUUGUAAUUUACAAUUUAUAAAUGACAAAUUGUAAAUAGAUAAGUACUUAUGUACAUACAUACAUACAGUUCUAUACUCAAAUAAAACCACCUAUUUAAUAAUAAUC